GUGUUUGCCCGUGAGAUGUGUUGCGCGAGUUUUCUGUAACGCCGGGGGUGAGCUUAUCUCGCCGCUGGAUUAGGUAACAGUCACUUGACCUCCACUGUAAUUCUGCAAUCUUGGAUUUUCCUCCUUUUCUCCAGUCAAGAGUGACGGGACUCCAUCGGCGCAAAUGCAUAAACCUUUCAGCUAAGGCUGGAUCCAUAGCAUAGGAAACCAACUGUCGCGAUACAAACAACCUGUGGAACGACAGACUUAACAGGGAGGCCACUGGCGCACAGCUGAAAUGCCAUCCAGCAAGAAGGGCGACCCCGCGAGUAGUCCCAUCAGAGCUCCAUCCCCGAGCCAAUCGCCGAGCUCACGGAAGGGCUCCAAUCGCAUCCCAAAACCCGCCACAGCGACGGAGAUGCUCAAAGGGCGUGCCAAGAUGUCCGCUCCAUCCAAAGGAGAUGCGAAGCAGGCCCAGCUCAAGAUGGCCAUUGGCAACAAGGACCUGGAGCCGAGCCCCAAGGCCGGAGGGGGCCGUGCUGCCAAGAGCUGCGAGCCUCGGGUGACUGAACUCAAGAAGAUGCUCACUACCGUGGUGGGGAGGGCUUCGACUUCGCCGGCACCGCCAGACGGUGGUGGCACCAGCACCGCUGCCACCUUUGUGAUGGAAGGGAACACGAGCGCCGACGACCCUGUGGCAUCUGGGGCAGGUCUGGUAGCAGGAUCGAAAGGUGUUAACAAGGCUAGAAAAUCAUUUCCUGUAGCUUCGGAAGCGGCAGACAGAGUGGGUGUCCGGGUUACUAGAUCUAGUCCCAUCGAAGACCCCAACAAGUUGGGUGUGCAUCAGCACCAGAAGAAGCACAAGAAAAGGUUUUUUCGGGGAGGCACCUACGGGCUGUACUUGAGUGCACGACGUAAGAGACGAAGGCACCAGAUGACUGCGAGAAAGGCCACGGGAGAGUCGGAUGAGAGCGGCGCGGGAGACGAUACUCUUUCGGAGGACCCGUCUUCCCUCCAAGGGGACGAAGUGUCCUCAGAACAUAGCAGCCUGGCAUCAUCGCGAAUGACAGAAGACACGGCGCGUGAGUUCCCGGACAAAAGUCUCGAGGACCGCUUGUUUGAGGAGGAGAGCCUAGCAGAUGGCGGGGUCGCUCCCGCGUCUCCUGGGGAAGGAGCUUCUUUUCCGGACCAUGCUGGCAAAGUUCCGUCUGCCAAAAAGACAAUUCAGAAGGCGUCUCCUCUCGAGGACAGCAGCGUCCUCAAGAGUGCAGAUCCUGGCACUCCUGUUGGGGUUCUUGACGAAGUGCUUGCCAUCACGGCCAUGGUGGUGAGCGGAAAAGAGAACAGCCAUCCUGUACGGAAUAGCCAAGGGGCACAAGGAGCCCUGGGUAACAUCAGAGUGACAGCAACUUCAGGUGCAACCGAGGAUGGUCCUUUCUGGAUGACAUGUAAAGAGGAUCUAGAAUAUCUCUCUCCAGAGGAAUACGAACAUGACGAUGAGAGAGUGCUGCACCAUGCUUCUAGCAUCGCAUCCAGUGUCAAAAGCCGUCAAAGGAUCAAGCGUCGCAUCAUGGAAGAUCACGUGGAUGUUGAUGAAGUGAGCAUGUGCUCAUCCACGUCUGCCAGCCCCGAGACGUCGUCUGCCAAUGCCAUGAAGAAGCCCAGGAAAGGGAGCUACAAUGGCGGCGUGCCACCGACCCUUCCUUUCUCCCAGGCGGACACAAAUAUCAACUGCAGCUACAUCAAGAUGGAAGUGGUGUAUGACCUCCGCUUCCCUGCGCCCACCAAGUGCUGCUGCCUGGCCAAGCCCCUGGACUCCGUCUCUAUGAAGGCCUCGGAUCCCCGCACCUACUGCCAGGCCCUCGACUCCGUCCACGGGCGGAUAGUUGGCUGCACGCGGGUGCUGUCGGAGCAGUUGCUUGUGCGACCCUCGGUGCGCAUCCCGUUUGCUGCCUUGUGCGAGGCACACAUGCGUCGGCUGAGGCUCCACCACUGCUGCCCCCAGUGUGGGGUUUUCUGCACCCAGGGUGAGUUCCUGCAGUGUGGAGAGGGCCCCCCCCACCUGUUUCACCGCCAGUGCCAGCUGCAGCAGGGAGAGGAGGCCUGCUGCCCCCACUGUGGCCGCAGCAGUGCACUCCGCACUGUGCGCCUAGAGGCCAAGGCAGCGCGCACCCCGGUCUUCUAUUUGGGCCAAAAGGUGCCCUCUCCGGUGCCGCGGGCUCGCAUGAGUUGCACCAGGGGCCGGGAAGUUUCUGCUACGCCGGCAGCUGCGAGACCAACUGUAGAGCCACAGGGAGAGCAAGUUCUAGUAGAGGCCACUGGGGCUAUGCUUUCUGCAGACUCCCUUCCCCUGUGUGCGGGAAAGAAGGAGCUGGAGCUGUUGCUCCGAGGUGUCCGUGCGGAGAAGCCGACCAACAUUCGACCCACCAGCAAGACCCUGUUCACUGCCUCCAAGACUGGAGAACUGGAACGAGCUCUGCAGGAUAUUGUGAGCGGCGUCGACGUCAAUGUCGCGCACGAAGACCAGAAUGGCGCCACUGCUCUUCACGCUGCUGCCGCUGCUGGGCACCUGGCCAUCGUUCAUCUCCUAAUCCAGGCGGGAGCCCAAGUGGAAAGCCAGGACGCACAGCUGUACACCCCGCUGAUGCGGGCGGUGGAUGCGCGGCGGAUCUCUGUGGUGCACUACCUGCUCAAGGUGGGAGCAGACCCCAAGGCCAAGGGUGAAGAUGGCAUGACAUGCCUUCACCUGGCAGCUCGCUGUGGGAGCCUGGAUGUGUGCAACAUUUUCCUUGGCCUGGACAUCUUUCCCAUCAAUGUGCAGGAUGACGGUGGUUGGACGCCACUGGUCUGGGCCUCGGAGCACCGUCGUGUUGAAAUCGUGCGGCUGCUUCUCUCCAAGGGAGCUGAUCCAAACAUCAGGGAUGGCGAGGAGAACACGGCCCUUCACUGGUCCGCCUUUUCUGGCAACGUGGAGAUCUCGUGGAUGUACCUCCAGCGUGGUAGCGACGUCAAUGCCGUCAACGAACACGGAGACACUCCUCUGCAUAUAGCUGCCCGACAGGACAACUACGACGCAGUUGUGUUACUGAUGAACCAUGGAGCCCAACUGGAUCUGGUGAACAAGAGCAAGGACACCCCCAUUGCUUGUUGCAAGGACGAGAAGUCGCAGAGCUUUGCCCUCCUCACCAUCAACCAGGAGCUGGCUCGCAUCCUCAAGGACAAAAACCAGAAGACUGAGCGUGUCCUGCACAAGGAUAUCAGCCGAGGCAAAGAGCUUAACCUGAUCCAGUGCGUCAAUGGGGUGGACGACGAACCAACCCCGUCGGACUACCUCUACCUGGUGGAGAACUGCGAGACUACACCCAUCCUAAUUGACCGCACCAUUACGUCCCUCCAGAGCUGCAAGUGUGAAGACGGCUGUGCCUCGCAGAGCUGUAUCUGUUCAAACAUCAGCUACCGCUGCUGGUAUGGCAAGGAGGGCCGCCUGGUACCAGAAUUCAACAUGCUGGAUCCACCGAUGCUGUUUGAGUGCAGUCGUGCCUGCCUUUGCUGGAGCAACUGCUACAACCGGGUGGUGCAGAACGGCAUCACGUGCCACCUACAGCUGUUCCGCACCCGGGGCAAGGGCUGGGGCGUCCGGACCCUUCAGGACAUCCCACGGGGGACCUUUGUGUGCGAGUACAUCGGGGAGAUCCUCUCCGACUCCGAGGCAGAUAAACGGGAGGAUGACUCGUACCUCUUCGACCUCGAGAAUAGGGAUGGGGAGACCUAUUGCCUGGAUGCCCGUUACUAUGGCAACAUCAGCCGCUUUGUCAACCAUCUAUGUGAGCCCAACCUGGUGCCUGUACGUGUGUUUGUAGACCACCAGGACUUGAGUUUUCCCCGCAUGGCCUUCUUUAGCUCCAAGGACAUCAAAGCCAACGAGGAGCUAGGUUUUGACUACGGAGAGAAGUUCUGGAUCAUCAAGUACAAAAUGUUCACCUGUGAGUGUGACUCUGAGAAGUGCAAGUAUUCCAAGGAUAAAAUUCAGGAGACCCUGCUCAACUACAACCGAAGAAUCAGGGAAGAGUCUGGGUCCUGCGAUGCCGCUCGGCCGCUCCACUAGCACCCCCUCCGACGCCGGGUUGCAUCCCUCGACCGUGCCAUUCCUGCGUGAGAGCGUCUUGUGUCCUCAAGUCCUCCGACAAAUUCCCUUUUUUAUUCAGGACUUGGGUCCGCUUCAGCAGUGGGUUUUCCCAAAGACAAGUGGCUGUUUACUGAUCAAGUGACUGUUUGUAGGCGGGCUGCGAUGGCUUGCACUGCACAACCUUUUUUUGCAAUUUUCGUGCCAGUUGUCCUAGUAGAGUACUUUUUUCAUGCUUUCUAUGUUUCCACACCUUUCCGCCUGAAAGGUGGUUGUUUGAAAGAUGUCAUGUUUUGUUUUGUGAUUGUUUUUUUUUUCCAUCAUCAUUCAUGGUAAUUUCUCUCUGGGGCAGUAGUGUAUUCGUGCAUGCCGACUCGCUAGUACCUAAGUUUUCAUUGGCAAUUACUUCAGCACAUAAAGCAAGGUGUUUUAUCUAAAAAAUGUAUAAAAGAUUUUUUUUCCUUUUUUUUUUUUUCUGAAAAUCUUAUUUAUGGCUAUUUCUGAAUUUUCCUUGCUGGAGAUGCAGUCUAUUCAUGGUGGCUAGUUCUUAUUUCAUUCACAUUAAUUAUGGGGCAUAAAACAAUUUCACAUGUUAAACCAGUAAAGACAAUGCCUAAAUCGGUGGUCUCCAAACAUUUUGUCUAAGGGGCCGGAUUGGGGAUCUCUCGCAGUCUCGAAGGUUGGAAAAUAAAUUAGACAAUAUAAAUAAGGAAAUACUAAAUAAAUAGAUAAAUAAAGAAAUUAUAUACAAAAACUGAAACUAGAGUAAAACUAAAAAAAAAUAUAUAUAUAUAUAUAGAAUUCAGCAUUGAUGAAUACUUCUUUCUAAAUUCAGUGUGUUUCUGAUAAGGAUAUUGCAAAGAAAUUGGGCCCCAGGAAACUCGCCAGGCGUAAGUGAAAACGCGUUGGAACCUUGCUUGUUCACAUAGGGUAAAAGGCGGGAAAUGGUAUAUCUGAUUAUUACAGUAUGCUAUAGUUAUGAUACAGGACUCUAAGCCGGAUACACACACGCAGAAGGCACAAGAAUUUGAACAUAGGUCGAAUCUCGUUAGUUCAAACUCUCUUAAUUCAGACUUGCAGAUAAUUCAGACUAACAUGCAGGUCCCGGGAGGAAACUCCCUGUAUUUCAAACUUCGCUUUAUUCAAACAAAUUUCCGGUCAUCAAGCUCGAAUUAAUGAUGCUGAAUGCUGGGCUAGUUGGUAUUGACUCAAUGCCGGGCUAGUUGGUAUCCUGAAUGCUGGGCUAGUUGGUAUGCUGAAUGCUGGGCUAGUUGGUAUUCUUUCUUUUGUCUUCGUCUAAAGAGCGCCACCAUGCCUUUGGCAACCCAAGACUAAUUAACAAGAUUCGACUGGUUACACAGGCAUAAAACGGGGGACCAUGUAUAGUAAGUACUACUGGUGAGUUUUCUAGGGCCCAAUUUCUUUUGCAAUGUCGUAAUUAUCAACACCCAUCAUUGGCAAGAGAACUUGCGUUUUGAUAAAGUUUUCUCUCGUGCUUUCUGGAAUAUUCGUCCGCAUUUCUGACUGCGCGCGACGCUGCGCCGUUUUCUUGUGCGCACUCAUUUUUGCGUUGGUAGCAGCGGGCUGUGGGCCGGGAUUUGGAGACCCCUGGCCUAAAUGAAGGAACCCAUUGUACUGUAGUAAAAAACCAAAAAUGUAUUCUUGUGUGCGUUUCCAGAUCAAAACGUACAAUGAUGGUCUGCAUCAUAUUUUUAUGGCCCAGUAUAAAGGUUGUACAGCCCAGUAUAAAGUUAGGGUAUUCGCUCCAAAGCAUCUGUUUCACGUGAGUUGCUGGGGGAUCAAUGGGAUUGUGGCACCUCAUGUGAAACUGCUGCUUUGAAGCAAGUCCUUUAUACUUUAUAUAGUAAUCCCUUAUACUGGGCUUUAAAAGUCCCAGAGACAAAUUAAUCUUUUUUUUUUUUUUAGCCGUGUCUUUUUAUGUCUCAUGUUAUCUUCUUCCAUCACUUCAAUAGGUUGCUACAUAUUUUUGUAUGAGUAUCAAAAUUGGAUCCGACACUACCUCGGUCAAAUGGGUUGUACAGAGUGCAGUUUUUGUUUGAAAUCACAGGCCUUGUAUAGUGGCAUCUGCCUUUCUAUGGCACUUUUUUCAUCAAAAAUGUAGCAAUGCAUGUCGUUGACCUAAUUGAAUAAGCGCCUACCAUAGUACUCCAUACAAAAAACUGUCCUAAGUCUGGAAAGUUUUUGUGGAAGUUUGGUGUAUUGUUCAGCACUAGGCUGCCCGUGUUAAUUCGACAAUCUAUGUUUUAAGUUUGUUCUUUUUUGGUAUUGGGUCGCGCCAAGUAAAAUGUUACUUUUUAUAAUUCAGUCAGCACUCAACUCUAAAGUAAAGAACUGGAUGGUGACUUCAUACAGCCACAGGGUGUCAAAUUUCCUCUGUUGUUUUCAUUUAUGACUACCUUACCUCGUAGUGACGACGAAAUGAAUUGAAGGCAUAUUUCAUUCAGCAUAAAGUGCAAAAAAGCCAUUGCAAGUUAUUGUUUCAGAUUUGUUAAGUUUAUGUGGAUCCUUCGCAAUAUUGGAAACGCUUUGCCUUCAAGCUUCGCUCUGCGCUGAUGCUGAGCUGCAUGGUGUGGCACUUUGCAUACCUCUUUUAAGGGAUAGUGCAAGUUGGAAUGCAUUCAUGGAGCUGUCCUUGGUCGUACUUUUCGGUGACAUUUAGAUUACCCAUGAAUGGUACGAAGACGACUGCAUUGUACAUUCUUCUUGGGUAGCAUGCUAACCAUACUUGAAUCCAACGAUGGUCUUCUUCAAGAGUGCUCAGUAUGCUGUUGGUAUGUUGCUAAAGUCAGUUGGUACAUUCACUUUUGUUCUGUUCAUGGUUAGCUCUUUCUUGUGAGGGGGAGCAAGUUUAAAAGACGGUGAUUACAAAGCCUUUGUUCGGAGUUCGAUUGACUGAAGGUUCAGUUACCAGUUUUUUGGGGGCUGUACCAGUCUUAAUGUUAUGAGUGCUGUGCCACUAUUGGUGUGGUGACAGACUAAUAAAUGUUUGCCAAUUUCUGCA